UGCAGAAGCGCCGGCAGGCCGCGUCAAAUGCGCACGUAAAAAAAGGUGUCUACUACCCGCAGGCAUGGCGACAGACUCCUCCCUCCUUAACGCUGAACUGGAGAAGCAGCAGGAUGAGGAGCUCUACCAGCAGCUGCUGUUGCAGACAAUGGGGAAGAUGCCGAGUGAAAGCCCAGACUCAAAGGUGAUACGACCGCAGCCGGGGAUGUGUGUGAAAACCGUAUCACAGCUGGACAAGCAGAAAGUCUUCGUCAACAUCUGUCAAUCAAAUUUAGUCCCGCCCCCUCCAGAACUUUCCAGGGAGGAGCUUGUUGAGCUGCUCCAAUCAGAAGACCCCACCGGCUAUAGAGUUCCCAUGAGCCUCGGCGAGCCGCACAUAGAGACGGACAACAGCUCCCAGGGCUGCUCAGCCUAUGAUGUGGUCAUCAACCAAGAGUUCUUCCAGAAGUGUCAGAAGGAUCCCCUGUUCCAGCAUUUCGUCAUCCUGGUGUCUUUGGAGGGACUAGAAAACAAAUACAACCUGGAGCUGAGCCGAGACUGGAAGGUUCUGAAGAACAGGAAGUUCUUUGGCUCUGUGAUGGAGCAGAACAUCCGGAUGAAGAGAAGACCUGUGAUUGAAGAACUGAAAGCUCAAGAGAAGCCCGCUGCUACAGCCAAACGACCAGUGUUCACUCUGCUGGUGGAGCCCCCUGUUGGUGACCCACAGUACCUCGUAGCAGAGAUCCAACUACCCGGAGUGUCUUCAUCUCGUUCUUUGGUUCUGGAUGUAGGAGAGGAUCGCCUGGUGCUGAAUGCUCGUCCAUCGCUCUUCCACCUGGACAUCUUUCAUCCUUUCUUCAUUGACCAGGCGAACAGCGUGGCCCAGUACAACACCAGCACACAGAUUCUGACAGUAACCAUGCCUGUGAGGUCCUCCUGAAGAACCCAAGUGAAUGUCCAAAUGAUUUGUCUUUCUUGAAGUGUGUAAGUUGUUAAAGAUAUUAAAGUUAUUUUCAAAAGCAAA